UUUUUUCAUUACUGACACUUUGGCAGGAACCGUUCAAUCACGAUUUAACCAUUAACACAGUGCUUCGUGUCUGUGCGUAACAAUGGCAAGUCCUCGGACGAGGAGACUCUUGGGCGAACUUAAGCCAAACAACGAAAACACUAAAUGCUUUGAGUGCGGUGCACAUAAUCCCCAAUGGGUAUCUGUCACCUAUGGAAUAUGGAUUUGUCUCGAAUGCUCCGGGAAACACAGGGGUCUAGGGGUUCAUCUGUCAUUCGUUAGGUCAAUAUCCAUGGACAAGUGGAAAGAUUUGGAGCUAGAGAAAAUGAAAGUCGGAGGAAACAGAAAUGCGAGGAUCUUUCUUGAAGAGCAACCUGAUUGGGAUGACUCCAUGCCCAUUUCGAGGAAGUACAACACGAAGGCUGCUGCUCUAUAUAGAGAUAAAAUAGCUGCUUUAGCACGAGGAGAUUCAUGGAGCCCUAGUACGUCAAACGUCAAAGAGUUUACCUCGUACAACGACAACAAUGAUCAAGAUUAUAAUUCUUACCAGAAAGACACGCAAAGAUCGUACCAGAAUAUGAAUACUAGUGCAUUUAAGGCGCAGACCGAGUCCUUCUUCAACAGAGUGCAAAAUGAAAAUGCAAAUAGGCCAGAUGAUUUGCCACCCAAUCAAGGAGGAAAAUACAGUGGAUUUGGGUAUCAGAUGGAUCAACCCUCGAAGAGCUCGUCUCAAGAAUUUUUCGAUACUGCAGUAUCAUCCUUAGCCAGUGGGUGGUCGAUAUUCUCAUCAACAGCCUCAAAGGUAGCUUCUAAGGCAACUGAAAAUGCUAUAAAAAUUGGAGGGAUUGCAUCCCAGAAGGUGCGAGAUGGAACUCUGCUGGAAGAUGUUGGAGCACAAGUCAAUAACUUGGCCGCUAAGGUGGGAGACUUGGGUAGACGCGGUUGGGGAGAUAUUGCAGGCUCGAAUUCUUGUACACAGUAUUGUGGUCCGCAGUACGAUACUCAUGACAAUUAUCAAAAUUUAGGAACAUAUCAGAGCGGGUAUCAAGGGCCACAUUCAACAGACAAUUCAUCAGUCUCCAAUUCUAACAUCAGAAGUACCUCAAGCACGAAUUCCCCCACCCAAGAUUGGGACUGGGGAAGCUCCCCGAAGCCGUCGAAUGGCAGUUCUCCUGAAUCAAAACAAUCAGCGAAAAAACCAAGAGAGAAAAAGAUAAAAGAAGCCUCUCUCAUUGACUUCGAUGUAAAGACCGAGAUCAAGACCUGCAACACGACCUCGAAAGCUGAGGAAGACGCUUGGGAGAUUUUGAAGGAUUAACUACAACUAAUUCUAAUGCAUCUGCUAAUCAACUGUGCAACAUUUAAAUAGAAAAAAUAUUCAUAUAUACAUAUUAAGUGUUAAAACAGUAAAGAAAAAUUGAAAAUUGCCUAAUGGUAUCUAAAGAUCACUGACAGCCUCCCAUAAUUGUACAUAAAACUAAUCCAAAAAAUCGUUCUACUGAAAAAUUCCUAUUAUUACUCUGUGAGAAAGUUGAAUUGAAUGUUUACAUAGUAAUUUUAUUAUACAUAAAGGUACCAUCUUUAAUUUUACGCACA